AUUUAUACUGUUAAAAGGAAAGCAAGUACUAGGACAUCCUUUUGAUGAGAACAUGAGUUCAAUAUCCGUGGAAGCGAUGAAGGUGGAUGAAGUUUCCCAGAUGCUGAAAGACAAGGGUGUUCCUGACAAGUUUUGUGAAGUGUUUGAAGAAAACUUUGUUGAUGGAGAAGCGUUUAAAUGCAUAAAAGAAUCUGACAUCAAGGAGAUGGUGCCUCCAAUUGGAAUUGUGAAAAAGAUUCUAAGGAUUCAAAACGAUUGUUUCACCUUACCUGCUCUACCCUCACCUUCUUCUCUCAAUCCUCUCAAUCCUGAACGUGGUGAUGAUGAUAUCUCGAUCGGCUCAAGUUCCUCUAUCUGGUCAAGUUCUGAGUCGCCCCCGUCGGAAGCUAGCACCAUGCCUAGAGCACGCGACAGAGAAAUAUUGACUAUACCAACUUCUUGGCGUCCUGAAAUCCAGGAUUGCAUAACGGAUGAAAUGCUAGAUAUUUCUGCGAGAAACGAGAUAGUACGCACCCUUGUCAACAUUCUCUUCACCUGUUACUCUUCCCCAACUCGGGCGCAGUGUUCUUCCUUAGCUCGAAAACUUAUUUUACAAUACGGCUUCAUGAAGGAUGACCAGGGGAGUGGAUAUCAAACCUGGGAGGACAAAAUGGUUGAGCGUGUAAGAAAUGUGAUCAAAUGUGCUCGAAAAAAGAGAGACAGAGAAGAUUCUUCUUGUCCUAAACAGAAGAAACAAAAAAUGCCUUUAAAACGAGGCCAGCUUCUCCGGAGGUACCCAAUUGGAGUGACUAGACCAAUAGAAGACAUUGGAAGCUUUGGUGAACAUAUGAAAGCGUUGUCAAUAGAAAUGGAAAAGGCUAAUCCCAGAGACACUAUCAUUCUUCCCUUGAUGAAGUCUACCUACUCAAAAAGAAGAACAUUUAUCGAGGCUGAAGCAGUGUCUGUGCAAGAGGUACUGAAAGAAUGCCAUGCAGCACUAAAACGGCCAGCUGCUCUGGAACAGGAAAUGGGGCUAGUGACGGGGUGUCAUGAUGUCAAGCAAACCUUCAUUAAUAACUGGAAGUUAUUUGUUCCAGCAAUCAUGAGGUAUGCUAGGAAGAAUAAGGGGAAAAAAGGACUCUCAACUAUAUUUGAAACCCUUGAUGACACUGUUGAAAGGCAUGCAGAUCUUGGCCCAUUGAGCUUUUUAGGAGUUUUAGUGGCUAAAAUGCUAGAUGAUGCCCUUAUCUAUCUUUAUCAAGAAUUUUCAAUGGAUACAUCUCUUACAGAUGCCAUUCAAAGAGAGCCCGUUAGAAACUCCCCAAGAAUUAUUGCUCUUUGUGGCGCAGAAAUAACACAAUACUUUGUCGUUGUUGAGAGAAUUGUUUUGUGUGAAGCUCCAUCGAUCCCAAGUGCUCUGUUCUAUACGUUUUCAGCCUACUAUGUGUUUAACUUGGAGUACCCGAAAAAAGCUGCUGGAAUAUUUUAUUUCCUACAAGACUAUAUUCUUGCAUAUCCUGAUUCACUUAAACGGCCUGCUACAUACCUGUCUGUGGUCUCAGAUAUCAAAAGCCAAGUUAAACGAUAACAAUCAACCAUUUCACUAUGUAAGUACGUUAUAACUAUUCACUAUAGACCAGCUAGCUAUAAUAAUUAUUAGCUAUGUGUAUAAGUACGUUAUCAGUUUAUUGUUUUUGUGCAAAUAUAGUUAGUAUACCCAUUCAUGUGUACUGUUAUAAUUAUGGCCGGGUGA